AUCACAAUUGAAUAUGGCAUUCUAAAUUUAUAGAACAUAAAACUCCUGAUUUUGAGGCAUCUGUUCGUGAGUUUUAGGUGUCAUUAGUAAUAAAUGAUAUGUGUGGUUAUUUGGGAUAUAAUGAAAUAGUUAUUAUAGUGAGAAGACACCAUUUGACACCAUGAAACAGACCAUCAGUUACAGUACUUGUGGAAGAAGUUAUUGCUAAUUAACCAGUUAACUAAUGUCUUAAGGUCCGAGACUUGUCAUAUUCAUCACAGACUUGUAUUAACACUCGGACAAGGCAUCAACCAUGGCUAGUACACUAAUUUGUGAGGACUGUAACAUGACAUUCAAAACUGGUGCCCAGUUGACCAAGCACAAGGAGAAAUUCUGUAUAGGAGGGAGUCUUGGUGAUCCAAACGUAUUGGCCAUACAGCCAAGUAAUCGUGGAUUCACUCCCGAUAACUACAAUAGUGACAGGGGAUUCUCACCGGUGGAGGAACUCGAAAAUCUGAAAAAAUCUCGUGCAGCGGAUAGACGCAUACGCCAUCUGGAGGAAAGCAUGUUAUUACGGGAGCUUGAUGAAUUAAAUCGGAGGAAACCUCCGGUCAAUACUGUGCGUGACGAGCCCACUAAUCGUAAAGUACAAUUACCAGAAAGUUAUCGCCCUCCGCGGUCAAGGAACACUAAUUCUAGCAUGAGUAUAAAACUGCCAACAGACGAUGAUCUGGAACCGCGGUAUAACCCAAACUGGGAGAAUGAACAUCGACGGGACAUCAUGAACAUGGCAGAGGAUCAUGGCCGACAGGUCGCCACGAUAAAGAACAGGAACGAGGAACUGGAAAGGCAGAAAGAAGACAUACGACGUCGGUUGCGAGAACUAUCCAAUCAAGAUUACACAACCGGGCCUCCGGCACUAGCAACGGCAAAACUCCUAGAGGAUUUACGCCAUCAGGAAGAAAAGAACCAGAAGUCAUUGGAGGAUCUUAAGAAACAAAUACAAGUAUUAUCACACAGAGAUAAGGAACCUAAAUCCACAAAUAGGGAAGUUGUUGUGCCAGAUUUCCAUCUUCUCUCAGGAAAUACACUUGUAGCAGAAAUAGCGUCUAUACGACAAGCGUACCUGCAGAGGGGGGGCAAUGAUCCUAUCGUACUCGCCCAGAUGGCGCAGAUGUUGAGAGAAGCGGAACUGGCUGAGCAGAACAAAAAUAAACCGGAGAGUCGUCCGAGGCGAAGUGCAGCUAAAUCAAACUCGCCACCAGCGCCAGAUCGCACGAGGUACAACACACUCUCUGACCAGUUGAUAGCAUUUGAGAUCGAGAACCAGCGUCUGCAGAGGGAGCUCUUACUGAUGCAAGAGAAGAAUACAGCACGCCCCACGUACCGUGAAAAAGAAAAGGGCAACUCAGAAGAAGAUAAAUUUCAGCGAGAGAUGAAGAAGAUGCAGAUGGAGCAUCUGCAGAAGAUGCAGCAGCUCCACCAGGAGAUGGAACUCACCAAACACCAGAUGCAGUUAGAGAAAUAUAAGAAGGAGUUAGACUUGGAUCAUCAGCAACAGUCAUACAGUCUGGCGCAGAAUAGUUUCAAUGUGCCUGUAGAUAGCUUCUCUAUGAGUAACCUGCCAACUAUACCACAGCAUUUAAGAAAGCCCGGUCCACCUCGGAUAGCCGGUGCAGAUGAUCCCUACCUACGCCAAAUGCAGAAGCAGAGCAGAAUGAAUCAGUAUGACAUGGACCCCCUUCCAUCCUCGCCAUAUGACCCUCAUUAUGGUUUUGUCAUCUUCCACGAUUUCGUACUUGGCCUCGAUCCCCACGUUGCUUCUUUACGAAUCAUUGUCAGCCUUUACAACGAAUCCCAGGAAAUGGGUGAGCCUGCCAUUCUGCCAACCACCCAUGCCGAGCCACAUAAAGGUGGUGGCUAUUACCAGGGGAUGAACACUGCGAUCAUCGGAGCCAAACAACCUGUGCCAAAAUGUCCUGCUCAACUAGAUAUGUCACUACUGAUUGAAAUGCAGAUCGCCGAGGGUAACGACUCACGACUGAUGUCCCGGGCAUGGAACAAACUAGACAUAUUCGACGACCAGGGUCGUGUCAACAGUGGGAGGUGGAGGGUCCCGAUGAAGAUGUCACCCAUACGGGCUGAGUUGAGUUCUAUGGAUGUCAAUGCAAUUCCACAGUACAACCAAGUCGAGUUGUAUCUCCGUCUUGUCAACUUCCGUGAUUCUGAUUCCCAGUCUCGAGCAACGAUCUCACCAUUCAACGCCAAUAACUACAAGUAUCCACCACAGUUCGACUUGCAAGAUUUCCUUGUAUACCCUGUCCGACAAAUGAGGCAAUUGGGACAGGGAGACCCACAGUCUCAGCAACCUACAAACAUGGCAGACCAACCAGGAACACCCCUUAGCCCGCCAGAGGGAGGACACUUAGAGUUUCCCGACGCUCGACGCAAUGCUAUUCAACCCCCCAUAUCCCCCUCUCGUGGCAACAUCCCUCCUCCCCCAUCCACCACGCCCCCACAAUCAACGCGGGACCACACCUCACGACAAAAGUCACCAAUGUUUCACACAAGAAAUCUUAUGGAUUUGACCAGUACGGGGGACCCGACGCUGGGUUUUCAGGUUAUUAGAGUCAAACACGCAGAGGGAGGGGAGGGGAAAAUUAGAUUAACUGCUUAUUAUACGAAUUCUGGAAAGGUUGCACAAUCAGAAACUAGCCCUAUAACUUGUAGCACUACUGCCGUUAGAACAAAUUUCAAAUUUGGAUAUCACGUCUUUGGACAACAAGAAGCCAUAUUCGAACGCAUCCAAGUCAAAUCACCCAUCAUUCUCAUUGUACGAUUUUACCUGAGGCGCCAAAUAAGAGUCGAUAAUAAUGAAGACGAGUUAGAACAAGCUGAGGUGCGCCUGGAGGAGGAGGAAACAAUGGUUGCUUGGGGAGCGAUACCCAUCCUGCUACCUAAGGCCAAUGUCAGACCAAUGAAACUUAAGAAAGAUGCUGUCGUCGGGAACUUCCUGGCACCACUUGGUACCCACAGCAUCCAGCUCUACCUGCCACCAGUACCGGACGUUGACCGUAUCCCUGUCGAGGAACACUGGGCUCCAAAGGAGUGGGUUCGAUAUGGAAAGGCGACGCUCCGGCUUAACAUUUUCCUGGAUUCACCGCGGCCUGGUUCCCUAACACCCAGUGAGGCCUCCGACGAUGACGAUGAAGUAGGAUUACCAGAGAAUGUCUGGAUCUCACAUCAGAGGAGACGACCACCAACCGAUAACUUCCGCCCUGUCGAUGGCUUUGACCUUUACAUUGAUACCUGUAGGUUUCUACCAGAUUCUACAACCAUUACAAGAGUUGCGGGACGUGUUCUUAGUCGGACGUUCGACAUGAUUGGUCAGGAUAUAUCAGCAUGUGUAUUGGCUGAUUCGACUGUCUUUAAUCCAAAGUUUGAAUAUCGACAAGAAUUCCGCCAGCCCAGCAUGCCUCCAACUUCAACUCUACUUCUGAAGAUCUACACCAUUGACAGGUUUAGCAACAAGCUGACCAUCGCCGGCUAUGCGACCUUGAAUAUUUUUGUGGAGACGGGCACGGAAAGACAACCUCAAAUCGAUGACGGUGGACAGCAGAUCUCAUUAAAUGAAGGUGCCCACCAGCUACGACUGUAUCAUUAUGGUCCGACAGGCACUGAGCCCUUGACCGACUCCACCUUGAGAAACUCUGCAAUCCGCACUAUUCCAUGUGCUUCAGUCUUGGUACGAUUAGUCAAGGCUCCUGUUGGGGCUGAUGACAAACCCCUGUUGGCUGAUAAAGUCCCACAGCGCGAUUGGGUCCAGCUUGGCCUGAUGCAGCCCAUGCCGCGGUAUGUGGACAGGAUCUACUACUCUCUCAAGUGUCAGCCAACACCAGGAGAAACCAAAAUAUUCCACUCGCAGCUUAAACGCCCGCAGAUCAAAAUUCCUUAUGAGGUGGAACAACAGUCUGGAAAGAAGUUUAACUCGGACAAGAAGAUAGAGGAAUAUAUCAGGAACCAACUCAAUAGGUUGAUGGACACAAGACCUGAGGAGCUCGACAUGACAUAUGUGACAAAAUAUGUCCCUAAACAUGGCAUGAAGAUUUCCUUGGACAGUGCCUUGAACUUGCCAUGGAGUAAAUUCACUCACGGCCACAUCUGUUUGAAUCCUCCUGGUGCUUUCUACAAGGGCCGACCUAAUGCUGCCUUUGACAAAUUGGAGUUCACUGAUAAACUCGAUCUGUACAGUACGAACAAGGCACCUGCUUGGAAGGAUGGUUUCAGGCAUUAUGUGAAUAGGACAUAUCAGCGCUACAUGACCUUCAUCAUUCACCUUCAAGAGAUCGUUGUCACCGUUACCAAGGACAACUAUAAGUAUGGACUCAUGGAACAGGCAUGGACACCUGUGGCGGUAUUCAGUGACAUCUACAUCAACACGAACGUGUACCAGCUCCCCCUAUACCAGGGACAACCAACUGCUGCCAUGCUGAAGGAGUUAGCGACCAUGCCCUGUCUGGAUUGGAUUGAGAAAAACGCCAAAGCUGGGAAGAUCAAGCCAAUAGUUGGUGCUUCGGUCUUUGUCCGCCUUUGUGAUGGGCGAAGAGAUGAGGAGCUCACUGCCAUGAAGGAAGAUGAUAUACUUGAGCUCAACACCGAAUACAUCCCGGUAUCCAUCUUCCCCAAGUACAGUGAAGAGAUCCAAGGCAUCGAGAUGAACACCAUGGUCCCCGAGGGAAAGUCGCCCAAUGAGUUUGUGGCUACUCUCUCGGAAAAGUUCAGAAAUCUUGUGUUCAAGUUAUAUGAAGAAGGGAAAACGUGAGGAGAAAUCUGAUGGCCAUAUUGUGACACCCAAGCAAAAGUUUCGAGGAUAAAGACUUCAUUUCAUUACUGUCUUCUGCCAUCUGUGUAUCAUAUAGAUUUAGUGCAAUGUAUUACUCCAGUUCUGCCCUUCAAUGUCAGAGGGAUGCCAAAAUGAAGAAAACUUUGCCAGAAUGACCUUUUUCUAGUUCAGGACCAAGUUGUCAUCCACAACCAUUGAUGAUGUACGCUGACUGAGAGUGGGUUAAGCUGUUUUAUGUUUUUUAAAGCAAUUUGUUUACAACUACAUGUAGAAUGAUUACCUCAAUUGUGUGUGCAACCUUUCCAGAAUCUCUUUGUAUAAUAAGAUAUCUAAGCAAUAUUAUGCAUAUGUACCAUUUAUUUCCUCACUAACUGAAGCAACAACAACUUAUAUACUGCUGUUCUUGUUGGAGUUACUGUGGAUUCAAUAUUUUAGUGUUUAGAUGUGUAGUUUCGAGACAAUUUUAUAUUUCUUCCUUAAAUCUUUAAGAUUUCCAUGACAUCGCAAUACUUAUGAUUAGUACAACUCUUUACCUCAAGGAUUCUUGGUAUUGAAUAUUGUACUGUUAACCACAAUGCUGGUGGAGAAUGUGGUGAAGAAAUACCGUAAUAUGGUGUGUUUUCACAUGUAGCAUGAAUGUUUUACAAAUCAUCAAAGCCAGAGUCAGUUUUAAAGUUUCAUUUGUGUAUCCAUGGCUAAAAACAUUAUGAAACCUGCAUAAUUUAGUUUUUUCAUGAAGUCAUCGGAGCAUGUGAGCACAUGAUUACGGGUGUACUAUGGGCUUUGAACUACUUACAGUGAAAUCAAAAUUCCCUCUGUGGGUAAAAAAUAAGCAGAUUGGGGUGUGAUUUGACUAUUUUAAGGGUGAAAGCAAUAAUAUAGUCUAUAGAGUUUUCUGCAAUCUUCGUGAACAUAAUCCUGUAGUUUUAGUACAUUGUAUGCUGUCCAAAUGAGGUUCAUUUCCUAAAGUUACUUUGUCAUUCGGCAAAUUGUGUCUUUAGGCUGUUGAAAAACAUAAUGUAAACAGAAUUUUUAUACACACAAGAUUCAUUCAUGUGGUGUGAUCGAGACACAACAUACAUGUGUGUAGAUAAGUAGAAGUGUUAAAUAGUACAUGUAGAUGCAUUUGAUCAUACAGAGUUCAGGUAAUAGACCUUAUACCUGACCCUUCUGCUUAAAUACGAUUCAUAGUAUUUCAAAUUUGACUGUAAAGAAAUGUACAUUAUGACGAUAUGAGUUGGUGUAUGAUGUAUAAAGUGUCUUCAUUAUCAUGUGUAAUCUAGCAGCAAUAUAAUAGUGUACAAUGUACAUGUACAUGUAUUGUACUUGGACAGUGUUGUCUUUCAUUUCAAAGGUGUUUAUUUUUGAUGAUAUUAGAUUCAUAUUCUUCCGUCCUACAAGAGAGAUUAUUUUGUUAUUUAUGAUUUCUUAUAUUGUUGAUUUUAAGGAACUUGUUCUGUUUCAAGCUGAUUUCCUAAGCCCUCCUAUACUGUCACAUCGCAAUGAUCAUAAUGCAAGUAUGUCUUUAUAGAUGCAUGUAUCGUUGAAAGGAAGUCAUAAUAAAGUUUGCUACAAUGUAGAGAUGAAAACCUG